AUGUGUGGUGCGUCGCUGCCGGCGGCGAGUGCCGACGUGCUGGCCCAGAACCGGCGCGUGAGCACGCCGUUCAUGAUUGAAAAGACGCAGCGCGAUGCCGGCAGGGCAUGGGACAAGUUCUACAAGGCGAAUGAGGACCGCUUCUUCAAAAAUCGGCACUGGACGGACCGCGAAUUUGAGGAGCUGCGGCAGAACGAUCACGACUUGCUGACGCACGACACGCCCGUGCUUCUCGAGGUCGGGUGCGGCGUGGGCAACACGGUGUUUCCGCUCCUGGAAAAGAACGCGCAGCUGCGUGUGCACUGCUGCGACUUUUCGCCACGAGCCGUCGACAUGGUCACAAAGCACCCGGCUCACGACGCCGAGCGCGUCAAUGCGUUUGUGUACGACCUAGUCAAAGACACGUCGCUAUCGGCGCACUUGGCGGCGCGGCCGGCCUGGCCAGCCGUCUCGACGCUCUCGCUGAUUUUCGUGCUGUCUGCCAUCCCGCCGCACGAGCAAGUCCGUGUCGUGCGUGCGCUGCUGGACCAUAUCCCUACGGGAGCUAGCGUGGUGUUCCGCGACUAUGCGCGUGGGGACCUCGCUCAGCUGCGCUUCCACACGCGGCGCGAUGCCCCGUGGGCUGAGCCGAGCCUGCUCAGCGACUCGCACCACUGGUACCGCCGCGGCGACCACACGAUGGCCUACUUUUUCACACGCGACGAAGUCGAGCGCCUCUUUGCCGAGGCGGGUGGCGUGGCAGGUUCCGUCGAGGAGGUCGUCCGGACGGACACGAACCGAAAAACAGGCGCGAUCAUGGAACGCCGCUUCAUCCAAGCGCGUUUCCGCCGUGUAUAG